AUGAACCAAGAAGAAGAGGAAAAUGAGGAAGAGGUGAACCAAGAAGAAGAAGGAAAUGAGGAAGAGGUGAACCAAGAAGAAGAAGCUGAAGACGAGGAAGAAGAAGAAAAUGAGGAAGAGCAAGAACAAGAAGAAGACUGUACUCAGAUAAUGUUCUUUUCACAUCGAUGCAGUCAAUGCCGAAUUCAUAGCCGUAGCUACCUCUGUCCAGAGAAAGCAUGCCCGGUUGAAUAUUUACGGCAAUUGGAAAAUCAUAUAAACGCAGCCAAAGACAGCUUAUAUAUGUGCAUGUACCUAAUGACUGCCGACACGUUGUCGAAAGCCUUCGUAAAAGCACUGAGACGCGGUGUCCAUGUGCGGGUGAUAAUGGAUAAGAGCAUGGCGUACAACUCGCGCGGACAAGCGAUCCCCUUUCACAGGAAUGGUAUUGAAGUAAGAAUACAGCAAACCGAUGCCCUAAUGCACCAUAAGUUCGUGAUCGUCGACGAGCGCAUUUUGAUUACUGGCAGUACCAACUGGACGAUGUCUGCAUUUUUCGGAAAUUACGACAAUAUCAUGAUCACAAAUCAGGUGGCCUUUGUAAAGCCAUUUGUGCAAGAGUUUCAGAAUCUGUGGACCGAGCUCCAAUACUGUGGCAUCAAUAUAGGCGAAGUCAUAUCGUAAGCUGUAACUCGAGUAACCAAGGCUUGAUGAUUCCCCAAAUGACGCUAGACAUCUGACCAUGGCUCACAGUACCUGAACAUUGAACAUUUUUACACACGCCGACUGGAUGGAUUUUGAUAAUCGAGUGUACAUAGAAAUUUUGACACUAUUUUAUAUUGUAUAAUUAUUAAUGAUACUAAUAAAUGAUUUAUAUAUAAAUGCA